AUGGACGAAGAAGACACCAGCCAUGCCCUCAACCAUACGACUGGCGCCCCAUGGAGCCCGGUUGCUGAUCCAUUUGCGCCAUGCGCUAUCAUCGCCGCCAUCUUCGAUGUUGGACUGGAACUAUUCCGCAACCCAAAUUGGCAAAACGUAUCAUCCAACUUCUACCCUCGCAUUCUUCCGGCAUCCAGCAAAACUUCUUCAUUCUCUUAUUCCUGGGUGGUGCAGAUGCCAUAUGACGCGGUACCAAGUCAAAGAUACGUGACCAUGACAUUCACCAUCAAUUGA